AUGUCACCCUCACCUAAAAGUCCUCAAGAGAAGAAACUGCCUGGCGAAGACGAUGCAGCAAACGAAGAGUUGUCUCAUCCACCCACUCAUGAUCAUCAUGAACAUGUGGCAUCGACUGAUGGAUCAGCAGCAAAUUCCGAUAAUGAUGAACAAAGUUUUAAUCAGCCGAUGGCAAACGUGAAUGGCUAUUGUCUUCUACCCCAAGAUUCCGAAAUAAAUCAAGGAGAAAGUUUGUUCGAUGAUGGAAAUGAAGAUGAAGAAUUCCUUCGCUUUGCAACGCUCCGAGUUUUAUCAUCAACGGAUGAAAUUCGUCCCCGUCAAACAGUGAAUCCAUCCGUAGAAUCGGUCUGGUCAACGAAACUUGAAAGUGAAUCAUUCCCGGUCGAUGAUGACAAAGCUAAUUAUAUAAAAAGUUUGAUGUCAUCCAUUCAACUGCCUGCAUCGAGUAUACCUGUUUGGGCACAGUAUUGUUCAGAACAAGAUUGGCAGGCAAAGUUGCACGAAAAGAUCAUGUGCCGGCAAACAACAUUCUUUGCAAGCGAGAAAAAACAAUGA